AUGCCGACCUUUCGCAACAUCAUCGUUGAGCUACACUCGCAGUUCGACAUCGAAGUCAUACCUGAGUAUUUUCCACGGCCUCAGUCACAUUACGACGAGAGAGGUAUUACAGCUCGCCCGCCCGCCCUCGUCGACGAAGAAGCCUCUACGUGCAGCGUUUACGUCCCCGUUUUACCGGGAAGCCAGUUCUGGAUCAGCUAUCACAUCGAACCGCCGGUCCCUGAUGAGCAGCUGUUUGUGUUCAAGUUGUUCAUCAACGGCGCUCACAUUGUGACCUGGUCUGCGGGGAAAGAGGAGAAAUGGAGGGGAAAGACAAUGUUCGGACUUUACAAGAGUAAAGAGGGAGGUGGUAAUGAAGGACGAGCGGAGAAGAGAGCAUUAUUCUUCACACCACCUGAACAAGGCAAAAUUUGGAAUGAUGUAGCGGACGUGUUCGACCCUGAUGCAUUCAUAGAAGUCCGAAUUUACCGCGCAAGUGGGCGACAGAGGGUUGCGAGGGAGCUGCAAGAGUACACGAAGACACCACAUCCCGUGUUCAAACGUGGCAUAGAUCUUAUCCAUGCGGGUCGCGCCGGAGGAAGCCAGCCGAAACGGUACUACAAGUUCGCUUUGAUAGACCCUAUCGAUACGCCUUUUACAAGGUUCCGUUUCUAUUACCGCACAUGGGAACAAUUGCAGAAUAUUGACGUCUUCGGGUAUCGCGGAGACCGAAAGAAAGACGAUGAUACAGAGGCCGAGCUGCCAGUGAUUGAGCCAGGGACCGAGCUUGGAGAAGAAGGAAUGAUGGAAAGCAGAGUCGUGCCCUCUGGACGGGUCGGAGAUGCUGCAGCUGGGGUGAUACAUCAAGACAACAAGACUUUGGAUUGUCUGAGCUCAGGUGGUCAUGCACCAGAUCAUGAUACGGUCAGACACGACAUUGGCAAUGAUGUGAGCACAAGCAAGCAGCCGUACAGUAUUCUACCAUUCCAACUUCCUAUGCCACCUUCUUUGAGGCUGGAACCACCACGACCUCCGUCUCGUCCCCUUCCAUCUAUACCACGAAAGAACGAUCGUCCACUAUCUACAGCUCAUAUUCCCCAUCCGGCCUCUCCCAGAAAGAAAUCAAUAAUGGAUCCAGCAUAUCGAAAGGAAUCCACUGAGGAAAGACCAAGUGUAGUUGAGACUCCAACCACAUCAACCUCUUCCACAAUAUCGUCUUUCGUCUGUACCAUGACAGCUAUGGCAGCUGCAACAGGUCGUUGGAUGCGUAGGGGAUCCAGUACCGACAGACAGGACAAACGUGCUACGUCCCGAAGCAUGACACGCUGAUGUCGCACUGCAAGUAUCCAGCCGCACGGGUACUGGAAGAUGCGGGAUUUCGAUCCUAUCAUGUAUUGAACCGAAAAUUGGCACGGUAAAUCAAGUGAUCCCACCGAGGAGCUUUUCGUUGUGUUUUGAGCUUUGUUGCACUGGCAAGGUCCUCACAUGGGUGAUGGGAAUGCGCAUGGUACGCAUGCUUGAACCGUAGGGUUUGGCC